AUGACUUCGGUGUCACUUGUAACUACAUUUGCUCGAAGAUUUUCUUCGACAUCUCGCUUAUUGCAGAUUCAAGUUGGAGACAAAUUACCAUCAAUAGCGUUACAUCAAAAUAGUCCUGGUAACAAGGUAGACAUAAGGCAGCUAUUUGCUAAUAAGAAAGGAAUAUUAUUUGCUGUACCUGGCGCUUUUACUCCAGGAUGUUCCAAGACCCAUUUACCUGGUUAUCUUCAACAUUACGACAAUUUUAAAUCCAAAGGCAUUGAUGUUAUUGCAUGCGUGUCUGUCAAUGAUGCCUUUGUUGUGGAUGCUUGGAGUAAAAGCAAUAACGUAGAUGAUCGACUUGAAAUGCUAGCUGAUACAUCUGCGCAAUUUACCAAGUCUGUUGGACUCGAUUUUGAUGCUACUCCAGUUUUAGGCAACAUUCGAUCGAAAAGAUAUGCGAUGAUCAUAGAAGACACAGUGGUAAAACAGAUUAAUGUUGAACCUGAUGGCACGGGACUUAGUUGCAGUUUGGCUCAGAAUAUUUUAGAGCAAUUAUCAUAG